CUUCGGGAGAAGAAUUUGAAGACAAAGAAUCGAAAAGCAGUAAAGUCACAAAAUCAGCACCGCGAAGAAGGCCGCAAUUCGCGAAAAACUUUAUUCAAAAGAUUCUCGAUGAAUCCCAGGAAGAUUUGGCAUGUUAAGGGCUCUCGGUCUACAGUGUCGAGUCAUGUUCAACUUUGUAACAUUGCCAAUUAGGCAGCCUAGUUCUGAACUCUGUUCUUUAUCUACCAAACAAAAAAAUGAAAAGCAAAAUGCGGAGCCUAAAAAAGAAGAUACAAAUAAAUCUGCUCAGAAAAAAACAUGCACAUUGAAGAAAAAGUCAAAAGAAAGUAUAUCACAAGUUGAUGGAAACUAUGAUAGUGACAUGGAUGUGGGUGGAUGAUAGCUAUUUUAGUGAUACGAACAUUAUGCAAGUUGAUGGCAAUGACGACGGUAAUAUUGAAGCUAAAAGUCGUAAAACUAGACGAAGUCAAGCACCUAUAGCCACGGAACAAACAGAAAUGGAUGAGGAUGUUUCACCACCUAAAAGAACAAGACGGAGUGCCGCCAAUCCCUCAAACUCUGAACCAUCGAACAUUGUAUCUGAAAAUAAAACUUCACCAAAGACGAGUAACAGAAAAGUCAGUGAAGUUAAAUCUAAAUUUAAGGAAACAAAACCGGUCAAAGUCGAGCCUAAUAAAGCUUCAUCAGUUUUUAAGAAGCUUUCUUUAAAUAGACAUUGCAAAGCUAAUAAAGAAAAUGAACCUAAGGAAAGCAAACAUGAAAUUUCAAGUUCUUCACAAGAAAGUCCAAAUAAAAAGAAAACAGCUCCAGAACAAUCUGAUCCUCCAAAAAUUAUUGUCACUAACGAAAAAAACAAGGCAGUCUUCGAAAGUAAUAGCAGUGCUGAACUGAGCAAAUGUACUACAAGGAGCAGAUCUAAAAAUGCAGAUGUAAAAAACAUGCAAAACGCUAAAGAUUCUAUUAAUAAUAACACUAAGACUAGAUCAAAGAGUGCUGGCACUUCUGACUCUAGUAGCACAUUCGUUGAAAGUAAUACUGCACAGAACAAAUCAGCUACGAGGAGCCGAUCUAAACCUGUAGACGUAAAGAACGUGCAAAAUGUUAAAGCUUUUGUUGAUACAAAUACAAAGACUAGAUCAAAAAAUGCUGACACUACUGAAACUGGUACCACCUUCAUUGAAAGUAAUACUGCACAGAGCAAACCUGCUACAAGGAGCCGAUCUAAAACUGCAAACUUAAGAACCGUUCAAAUUGCUAAAGAUCAUGUUAAUAAAAAUACUAAGACUAGAUCAAAGAGUGCUGGCACUUCUGACUCUAGUAGCACAAUAUUUGAAAGUAAUACUGCAAAGAACAAAUCUACUACAAGGAGCAGAUCUAAAACUGCAGACUUAAGAAACAUUCAAAAUGCUAAAGAUCCUGUUAAUAAAAAUACUAAGACUAGAUCAAAGAGUGCUGGCACUUCUGACUCUUGUGGCACAAUAUUUGAAAGUAAUACUGCAAAGAACAAAUCUACUACAAGGAGCAGAUCUAAAACUGCAGACGUAAUAAACAUUCAAAAUGCUAAAGAUCCUGUUAAUAAAAAUACUAAGACUAGAUCAAAGAGUGCUGGCACUUCUGACUCUAGUAGCACAAUAUUUAAAAGUAAUACUGCAAAGAACAAAUCUACUACAAGGAGCAGAUCUAAAACUGCAGACGUAAGAAACAUUCAAAAUGCUAAAGAUCCUGUUAAUAAAAAUACUAAGACUAGAUCAAAGAGUGCUGGCACUUCUGACUCUAGUAGCACAAUAUUUGAACGUAAUACUGCACAGAACAAAUCUGCUACAAGGAGCAGAUCUAAAACUGCAGAUGUAAAUAAUGUGCAAAAUGCUAAAGAUUCUCGUGAUACAAACACAAAGACUAGAUCAAAAAAUGCUGAUAUUUCUGAAACUGGUAGCACGUUAGUUGCAAGUAAUAGCAAUACUGCACAGAGCAAAUUUACAACAAGGAGCCGAUCUAAAACUGCCGACGUAAAAAACGUGCUAAAUGCUAAAGACUCUAUUAAUAACAACACAAAGACUAGAUCAAAAAGUGCAGGCACUUCUGAAACUAGUAAGUAUUUAAAUGACAGUGAAAAAACACCAAUCAAGAUUGAUCCUAAAAAAACUAAGAAAACACUUAAAGACAUGGAUGAUGAGCUGAGAGGAAGAAAAACAAAGAUAUCUCCUAAGAAUGCUGUGAGGAUGGAAGAGUCACUAAAGAAUAAAGCGGUAAAGAAGAAAUCUGUAAAAGGAAAAUCAAAAACCAAAAGCGAUAGCGAUUACGAACCCGAAGCCUUAAGUGACGACGAUUUCAAACCGAGCAAGAUCAGUCCGAAGCCAAGUGGCAGUCGGAAGAUCGACCGGCGCGUGUUAUCCACAGACGAUGAAGCGCCUAGAGACAAGACGGACGUCUGGUGCGAAGUGUUUGUCGAGGAGUUGGAGCAGUGGAUAGCUGUCGAUGUGGUGAAGGGGCAGGUUCACUGCACUAAUGAGAUUUAUAGCCGAGCAACUCACCCCGUGUGCUACGUAGUCGGUUGGGACAACAACAACUACCUCAAAGACCUGACGCGUCGCUACGUGCCUCACUGGAACACCGUCACCCGCAAACAACGAGCCGAACCCGUCUGGUGGGACACGGCUAUAUCGCCUUGGAAGGGACCAAGAAUGCCACGGGAUAGAGAAGAAGAUGAGGCUCUGGAUAGGAUGCAGUUGGAUGCCCCGCUGCCUACGAGUAUCGCUGAGUAUAAAAACCACCCUCUCUACGUGUUGAAGCGUCACCUAUUGAAGUACGAGGCUCUGUACCCGCCCAAAACGGCCACGCUCGGGUUCGUACGCGGGGAGGCGGUGUACCCACGUGACAGCGUGUGCGUCUGCCACUCCAGGCACACGUGGUACAAGCUGGCCAAAGUGGUGCGGCAAGGGGAGCAGCCGUACAAGAUCGUCAAAGCGAACCCUAGGUGGGAUAAGGCAGCGAAGGGAGCCGACCGCGCGAAUGAUGAGUUCGCGCGGCGAAUAGCGUGA